AUGGAGCCAUGUUGGAACCCAGGUAGUCCUACAAGGCAGUUUCGCAGGAUAUAUGUUUGUUUUGCAUCUAUGAUGGGAGGAUUUAAGAUGAUUGGAAGACCACUGCUGGGUGUCGAUGGUUGUUUUAUGAAAGUUCCUAUUCCUGGACAGAUCUUGAGUGCAGUUGGUAUAGAUGGGAACAAUAGCAUAUAUCCAGUUUGUUAUGCUCUUGUUGAGGCAGAAACAACACAAAGUUGGAAAUGGUUUUUGCAACUUUUGAGAGAUGACCUAAGGUGCACGGCUGAUUCUUAUUUCACUUUCAUCAGCGACAGACAGAAGGAAUAUUUUCAAUUUGUAUUACAAGGUCUGAUUCAAGCUAUGCUAGCAGUUUUUCCUAAUGUUGAGCACAAGUUUUAUUUGAGGCACAUUCAUGAGAACAUGAAAUCCAAGUGGCGAGGAGAUGUUUACAAGAAUUUGCUUUGGUUAGCCGGAAGGAAGACCUCCAAUCCAUACUUUAACAAGGCUAUGGAAGAAAUUAAGACAACAGAACGGGCUAUACAAAUCAUAGGUGCAAGGGACAAGCCGAUUAUCACAUGCUUAGAAUUCAUUAGGGAGUACAUGACCAAGAGGAUAGUGAAUGUAAAGAAAUUGCAAGCAAAGUGUAUGGGGCCACUGACACCUCAUGCCACUGAGGUCUUCGAUAGGAUCAAGAAACAGGCAUCUGAAAUGUCUGUUUUAAUGGUUGAUACAGACAAGAAGUGGGACUUGACAGGGAUGCCUUGCAAACAUACUGUUGCAGCCAUAUGGGAUAUGUCAAAGAAUAGCAUUGAUGCUGGUAUACCAGAAGAGCGGGUUUCGGAUGUGUAUUGGUUAUCAACAUGGAAGAAAGUAUGA